GAGUUACACAUGGGAUAAACAAACGUACAGUCAAUAACACAAUUGAUACACUGUAUGUCUGCAGAAAAACUAGGAGAAUCCCAGAAGAAUUAGGAGAACACUAGAUGUAAAUGAGACUUAUGGAUUGUUUCAUGUUUGACACUAUGGAAUAAUGUCUCGGAUAAAAGCACGCAACUUUUCACCGGAUAAGCACAGAACAUAGAUUAACAAAAAGUGUAGUUUUUAUUUCGCAACCUUGGAAUUGCCUUGGAAAAGUGCCAGUUUACUGGUACUCUGCAACUGUGGAACUUUCUGACAUUGAAGAACAUUGUACCAUAGCAGAGCUAUAAGACUGGACCCCUCUAUCCCAGCACCAGUGUUCCAUACACACAGACACAUCAAUGACACAUAGACAUACAGUAGAUAGAUGCUGUAGAUAUAGUGAUACAUAGAAAUAUAUAAGAUAGAUAUAGUGAUACAUAUUGUAGAUACUAUAGCUAUAGAUAGACCCACAGUAGAUAGAUAUACUGGUGCAUAGAUAUAGUGAGACCUAGACACUGAAGCCAUGUUCGCUCUAUGUGCCACGACUCUCCUGUACUUCCUGUCUUUUAGCCAAUCAGCUCCUGCUGCAGCUCUAGCCUGUGAGGACCUCCUUAAGCCUAUGGAUCCACCACGACUAGACCAGCAGCUCUUGAGGAAAUGGGCCCUCGUCGCAGGCAGCCUGAGCCACCCUGCAUCCCUGGAGGCUCUCAAGACCAGAGACGGCAUCACCAUGGAGUUUUCACCCUCUACCCCCAACACCACCCAGAACUCCAACACCACCACAACCGUCCACUACACCCAGACUAACCGUUUCGGCAUCCGAUGCGAGUAUCUAACCUACAAUAUCUCACUCCUCAACGACAACAGCACCUUCCGGUUCGACGUGGGGGGCCGAUUCAACCUCACUGGGGUCUUCCUGGAGACCUCCUGCCCAGACUGUCUGGUGAUGAAGUGGGAGGUGAUGUCCAGGAGGAGGGAGUCCACGGACCUGUACCUGCUGAGGAAGGUGGAGGGCGGGAGAGAGGUGGAGGAAGAGGAGAUGGAGGAGUUCAGGAAACAGGUGGAGUGUUUGGGGCUGCCUCCGCCAGUGGUGAUGGAGCCGGGGAAUGUCCUCUGUGGUUUCUAUCAGCUCCUCUGGAAAGACUGAGGAGAAGGAGAAGAAGAAGCUCGAUCAGUGUGAUCAGAGAGUGGGGGCCGUGAGACAGAUGUAGAGACCCGUUUUCUGUCAUCUGUUUUGGAAUCCAACAAUUCUGUGUUUUACCGUUUGUCGAAGACCUGUAGAAUUUUGAAUAAAAGAUGCACGGUUUGUCAUGUUAUUCUGUCUUCUUGGCUUCUUUAACAGAUUUAAUUACGUUCACAGAGAGAUUUAAUGUCCAAGAGCUUAAGCUAAUUCACAGAGACGGUGGGAUCCAGCAGGAAUGUCGGGACGUCAUUAGGACCGCUCCAAACUCUUCACAAUGGGAAGGAAAAGUCUUUUAUAAUUGGAUUACUUUUGUAUAAUUUGGCAUAACCUCAUUUGUCCAUGCAUUAAAGUGCUCAUACUGUUAAUUCUCAGAUUAAACUGGAUGGAACAGUGAA